AUGGCGAGCCGGAUGCCUAGCUGGCGGCGAACUGGAGCCCGGGCUCGCGAGUCCCACUUUGAUGGGUUGGAGAAGGGUGCCUGGGUGGAGUUUCCUGGGUAUGACAACAGGGGCCGGCAACAGGGACACGUGAUUGCCUACCUGGUGGAGACAGGCGACGACCGGCAAAUGAAAAGCGGCCGGAUCUUUGAGAGCCAUGUGGUGGCGAUCCAGGACGGCUACUACGACUACUGGGUGGAGCAGACUUAUGGAGCUUACACGCUCGACCGGGUUGUUCCUUUGCACUUUUGUGGAAGCCCGCAGUCCAGCUGCAGAGAAAGCACCAUGUACCGGCACCCCAUCCACGUCGAUGUGUUCAGGCUGUUGGGGAUGGACCAGGUGCUGCAGAAGCGCCGGGUUUGGGUGGUCUUCAGCCUGAUCAAUGCUGAUCCCACAGCUUUGGGGGUGCAGACCGGCUUGCCCGGCGUGGCUGGGCUUGCAGAGGCCUUGGGAUCGCCAGGGCAGGCUGCAGUCAACGAGGCAGCCGAGCAGAAGAAGAAGGAGAAAGAGAAGCGGUGCUCGGAGCUCCUCGCCCAGGCCCACGGAGGGGUGAUGGCCAGCAACGAAAGGGCCAAGCUGCCGGCAGUGGCGUGGGGGUACUUCCAGCUGAUUUACCUCACGGCGCACCCGGCGGUCGAGAUAGGGGCCAGGAACUUCAAGGAGCUCUCGCUCAAGGCGAUCGAGCUGGCCCACCUGCAGGGCAACUGGACGCAAGCCGAGCAGCUGGAGUUGGUCAAGACCGGAGAAUGGUCGGCGAUGUUCCAGCAGGAGCUGAAGGCAGCCCAGCAGGAGGUUCGGACCGACUGGUCUCUCAGGCAAGGGCCAAGGAGAGCGCCCCGAUGGGAGGGGCGAUCGUGGUGGACCGAGACGGCGGCCGACGAGGGCGCUCCAGGAGCAGGCGAGAAGGCGGCCGACGGGAACAACGACAAGGGGGAGGGGUCUCAGCAGGCAACGGCUGGCCUUCGGGUCCGGCUGGAGUCGCUUGAGAUCCCUAUCCUGACGCGGUUGCUGGACUCGAUGUUAGAGGAGAUCGGAGAGCAGCGGGCCCAGAUCGAGGGUCACCUGGGGAACUCGAAGGUGGCAGCGCUCUACAAGGAGGUCAUGUCACGUGUGGUGACCGCGAAAGCAGAGGAGGAGGCUGCCUACCACUUCGCAGGCAUUGUUAUAGAUAACAUUGACCUCCCGUCGGAGACCCUCUUGGAGAUCCUUUCGCAAAAGUUUAGCGUGUUGGCCGAGCAGGAUGGUCCUCAAGUGUCCAAGGCAUUUGCCGAGCUUUUUGGUCUGGGGGUGCCGGCGACAGAAAGUGAUAUGGAGGCUUCUGGUCGGCUCUUGGGCCGGCACAAUGGCGUCGAGAUUCGCGAGUACUACCCUGGGUGGCGUGGAGCUGAUGGAGGAAUCUACGUUGGCCGGGGAGGCGGUGGCCUCCCAUGCUCUGUUUUCCAGGAGCCCUACUACGAGCAGUUGGUGGUGGGGCAGGUCAAGGAGGCCUUGGAUGGAAGGGCCCUGUAUGUGCACAAAGGUGAAGAGGAUACAGCGUAUGGUGUGAUCAGCACCUAUGUUCUUGGGAAGGAGCCGCAGCCGGUGUGGAAUGAAGCUGUCUGGAAGAAGUGGCUGGGUUUCUGGCUGCUGGGGCGGCCCACAACGCCUGCUUCUUUCCUCGGUGUUGUGCUCUGCCUGGGCUUGCGCGCAAGGCCGGGGUCGUUGGGUACAUUCAUUCGAGUGUUGCCCUGCUGUGCUAAAGAGCACUUCAAGCAGUCGCCGGUGGAACUUCUUCCCAUGGCUCUUCCCAAGGAGAGCCCAGAGAUGGUUCGGGUGAUGAAGGUGAUGUUGGAAGCCUGGGGCUCGCAUGACCUCCCAUCGGAGACCUGGCUGGAGAUCGUCGAGCAGGGCUCACGCGUUGGUGUGGAGGCGUGGACCUGGCUCCAAGUGGCUUUGCUGAAUCAUAUGUGGGAUGGUUCCAACCACAUAUUGGGACAGGGGCUGCUGCACCCAGCGACUUGGACCGUGGCUCAGAAAGCCACUUGCGAGCGCCUCCGGGGCUAUGCGGAGCUCUUUGUCGAGGGCAAGGAGGCGAUUGAGAUCGGGUCGUGGGAAAGCCUGCGGCAAUCGCUUGGAGACAUGUAUGCUGGGCGUGAGGUGCAGAAGGCCUACAAGCUGUCUUGGGCGGCCAUUGCGCCGCAUGUUCCAGGCUGGAAGGACCCGGAGCUCCUUAGGAUACCGGACCAGGAGCUGGGGGAGGCUGUUACUUCAGCCUCUGUUUUGGUGGACAGCCGCGAGGAGUACGACCUCAUUGUGUCGCACCUGGUGGAGGCCGACGGGACGUGGCUGAGGACCCUCCGGCUGAUCAUCAAUUUGAUCCCGAGCAAUCAAGUGCAGGCCCGGGUGCCUGGACAGCCUUCUGCCCAUAUGGGCUACUCCCCGAUUUGGGGGCAAAUCGCCCUGCUGGAGGAUGAGGUGGUUCUCUGCUAUGCUGAAGACGUUCGCCACUGCUUUCACAUUUUCGCGCCAUCGCCAAAGUGGCGGGGGUACUUUGUGAUUGGAAAGGUGGCUGCAAGCAGCUGCUUCAAUGAUGGGAAAGGCAGCCUGAACAGCCGGCCGCGCGUGAAAAGUGCACCCAUGGGGUGGUCGAAUAUCGUGGACUUUAUCCAGAGCUCGCUGGAAAGGUUCGGGUCUUUGGCCGGGGUGCCGGCUGACCGUGUGGUGCGAAUGGGCGAGCCUGCACCUCUGAUGCCCCUCAGCACGCCCCGAAAGUACCACAGCUUCUAUGUCGACACCUAUGAUGGGUUCAAGGUGGUGGCAGCGUGUGACGCUGGAAUCUAUGAGGGCCGGCCUUCGGAUGCUCAACUUCAGCUACGAGAAGUGUUCAAGGUUUGGAAUGUGGGCCGGGACCCCAAAAAGGCGGCGGAAGGAACUUUGGCUUGGAGCUCCUUGGGAGCAGAACAACUGGGUGACCGGGGGCUUGUCGGCGAGGCUUGCGGGUCACAGGAGCUGCUUUCAGUGCUCCUGAUGAUCAUCAGCUCCUUGCCCAUGCACUGGAUGGACCAAAGGGUGCAGGUCUCGCCGAACGUAUACGCCACGGAUGCCUCUCUUGAAGGCGGCGGGGCCUGUGUGACCACCGGGCUGUCAGCUCGAGGUCGCGCCAAGUGCCACCUGCUGGGAUCUGGGGAUGAUCUUGGUGGGUCUUGUGACCCGGUGCUGAUCGUUGAGGUUUUCGGCGGAAUGGGUGGCCUGCGGCAGGCAUGCCAGUUGCUGGGACUUCAGCCCCAGGGGCUGAUCUACAAGACACCAGCGACUUUUCCAAAAGUCUCCAAGGUAAUCUUUGGAGGAGGCUGGGCAGGCCCUAGCUCCAUGAGUGGAGCUUCUUCCUCCUCCGGCGCGCCGGCUGAGGUGGAUGGGCACCUGGAUGCGAUGAUUCAGCUGCGAAACUGGCUCGGCCAGGCAAGCAAGGCGGUCAAGCUGGCCCCCUGGGAGAUUGUGGAGAUCUACGAGCAUGUGAUGAUGAAAGAAGAAACCCUCGAGCGCAUGUGCUCCAAGCUGGAGGCGGGGGUUUUCUUUAUAGAAGGAGCCCAGCUGUUGAGGUGCCGACGGCCACGCUUGUGGUGGCUGCGGGGCUUGAACGUGGUCACGGCUGGUGACAUGAAGCUCAAGCGGGUGGCAGAUAAGCCAACUUCCAUGGUCUUUGACACUGAGAGACCGCCCGUCAGCACCUUUCUUCGACCGGGAUGCCAGAAGCUGGACAAGGAGAAUGAGGCUUUCUUCUCCUUUGGAAGGCCCGAGCCAAAGCAGGCGGCACCGAGGGAAGCUGCGAUUGAAGACCUGGACUCCAAGACUUUGGGGAGAUGGAAGGGCGACAGCUGGAGACUGCCGCCCCGCCACUACGUCGAGGCCAACAUGGUGAAGGGCAGCUCUGGAGUUCGACGGCUACAGUCGGACGAGCAGCUGAGGAUGUUGGGGUUCUUCAGUGACCACCUCAGUUUCAAGCAGAAGGUGACGGAGGACCAGAAGCAGCAGAUGAUCAGCAGCUCCUGGCCGGUUGUGGUUGCGGCACGGCUUCUGGUAAACCUGGUCCUCCCCCUGUCGGAAGCUGGAAGCCGAGAUCUCAGCGCGGAACUGUGGAAAAUCUGGGAGGCUGGUGAGGCACGAUCCCAGCAACUUUUGCAAGCUUCUUGGAGCUCGAAGUUUGGGUCGGGGUCGAGCGGGCGGGUCAAUGUGGAUCACUUCCGAUCUUUGGGGGUGAGCCAUUCCGACCUGCCUGUUCGGCUGGCCUUGGACCCUGACCACCGCCUUAGCGACGAGCAGUUCUUGGCGAUGCUGGUGGGGAGGAACGUGUCGCACAAGGGCACGGAUGUGAGAUUUGACAUGGGAUUGCCAUUCGUGGCAUCAGAUUUUGGAAGGCGGUCGGUGGAUCCGACCCUUUGGCAGUGGAAGGUGCUGCUGAGUUACAAAUGGAAGCAACAAGGACAUAUCACCCUGUUGGAGUCUGUGGCGGUGCUGGACCUGAUGAAGAAGCUCACGCGCGCCGCGGAUGUCACCAACAGAAAGCUGAUCCUGAUGGUGGACAACCAAGGAGUGGUCGGUAUCCUGGCAAAGGGGCGAAGCUCGGCCAGGAUUAUGCAGAACCCUCUCCGGCGGAUCGCGGCGCUCCAGCUCGCCUCCAACGUGCGCUUGCUUGUGGUUUGGGUGAAGACGGAGUGGAACCCAGGCGACGGUCCCAGUCGCUGGGUGAAGAAAAGGCUCGGUCAUUUCAUCCCUUCGGUUGAACCCCAUCUCAUUGCAAGUUGGCGGCUUCAUGCAGCAUGGGGCCGUUCGGAACUUCCAGCUCGGGCACCUCCCUUCACAGUGGCUUUGAUCUAUGCCCUUGCUCAGCUGGCUUUUGAAGCGGGUUGGAGAGACACGGCGGUGCUGUUCUUGCUGGGCUUUCACACUUUUGCACGGUCGGGGGAACUCUUUGCGGCCAAAGCUGGGGACUUCGUCUUGUCUCGUGGCAAAGGCACUUGGACUCUUCCUAUGAGCAAAAGUGGUCAACGGCAAGGGGCCGUGGAGUCACUGACCAUUGAUGACUUCUUUGUAGGUACGGCCGUCGCCAACUUCUGCAAACACAAGCAGCCUGGGGACUUGUUGUCCCAAGUGUCUCCGGGCCUUCAACGCAAACGCCUCAGUGAGCUGCUGCAGAAGUUAGGGAUUACGGCCCCUUACCGCUGGUACUCCCUCCGUCGCGGCGGUGCCACCCACGAGUUCCGCCGCUCUAAUAAUUUGGCCAGUGUUUGCCUUCGUGGGCGCUGGUCUGCGGUACGAACCGCUCGCAUCUACCUUUGUGAUGGCCUUGCUCAGCUGUCUGAGCUUCAGUUGCCACCGGGCAAACUUCGGCAGGUGCAGGCCUUAGUUGUGGCUUGUGCUGUUUGGUGCGCUGGCCUCUGGGUGCGCGUGCCCGAGGGGCGUGGUCAGGGAAAAGAAUGGAAGCUUCCCAGCCGGGCUGCCGUGUCCAUGAUGGCCGAGUGGGCAUCACGGAUUCGGGUGACCACCCAGGAGGCGGCUGCGAUGCAGGCACAGCAGCACAUGACCCAAGCGCACUUGAAGGCUCUGCAAGCCAUGAUCAGCAGCACGGCGGGGCAGGUCCGAUCCCGUGAGGCUGUGCUGUACGGCGUGCUGGCUCAGGCUGAGGAGUACGAGGCCGCCGCGCUCAGUGCGCAGCAGAAUGAGGCGUACGCAGCCGCGGAGAAGACGGUGUCGCCGGUCCAGGAAGACCCGGAGGAGGCAAUGCUGAAACAGAGGCUUUGGCAGCUAACGGCCUCCUGUGACCGACUCGUCGAUGAGGUGCACAGUGCCAGACACGAGCGCUCGGCGGAAGCGAGGACCUUGAAUGCCCUCUCCUACACUGAAGAUCGGCUUGCUGAGUCCCGCCACGAAGCAGCAAGGCUGUCAGCGGAGGUGUCGCAACCGGCACCUGCGCGGCUGCAGGACCUGCGAAGCUCACGGCUGCGAGGAAGCAGAGCGUCCGCGUCUGGCGCUCUCUUCACCGAGGAGGCCGUGUUGCGGGCUGAGGAGGAGGAGCUCACAGCUCGAUGCCGCGCUGCCGAAGUGCGCGUGGCGGGGCUGCGCCACGAGGUCGGGGAGCGACAAGCCCAGUUUGGGCAAAUGCAGCAAGACCUCAAGGAUCAGAUUGCCAACCUGCGGAAAGAGCUCAACGACGCUGCCGGUCGGCGCGUGACUCAUGAUGGCGGAAUGCAAGAGCAGCUGCGGCAGCUGGAGCUGCUUCGGCACCGAGAGCUGCAGCACCUGCGCUUGCAGGAGGAGCAACUCGAGUCCCUGCAGUAUGGGGAGCAUUGGGAGGAGCCUGUGAUCUUCGCUACUUCCGAUCCUCCGGCACGGCUGGUGGACCCGGGCCUAAUGGAGGGAAGUCCACCACAGAGGAGCUAUGGACCGGGACGCCGGUCUGAUCUGCGCCAGGUCAUGGCACCAUCCUCCUUGGUGGCCCACUGGCCGCGGGAUCUGGAGGCAAGCCUGAGCUCUCAGUUCACGCAAGAAGACGGGACACCGCAGAUCAAAGAUCUCGAUCCUUCAGGCGAUGAGUCACCGCCCCUGCCGGCUCGGUCGAGGUUGUCCCUGCGGCCGCGGCUUCCGCGCGGGGAGUUUGAGGCUCGUAUCUCGCGGCUCUCUGAGUCUGUGGGCGCCUCGCUUCAGCGUCUUGCCGAGGAAGAUCUCCGAGGUUGA